AUGGAUAAUGCGGUUGAGCGCAGCCCCCGUGAUAAGCAACAGCACUGGACCAUUCAACUGGGACAGCAGCCUGGUUUCCUCUUGUUGAACCACUUCACGGACAUAGGUGGUGAUGCAGUGAACACAGUCGAUUUUUUGCGCAAUAUCCCGAAAUUAGGCAGGCAGUUGCCAAUGUGCGCGACUGACGAGAACUAG